ACUGGUCCUCCCGGAAGUGACCUCAUUGCCUCCUAGAGCGGCGUCCGAUCCUACCGGAAGUGGCGGACGGAGGCUGGUGGAUUUCGCUCUGAGGAGGGCGAGGCGCCGCCGCGACCAUGGGCCGCGAGUUUGGGCAUCUGAUGCGGAUGCGGCAUGUGAUCACCUACAGCUUGUCGCCCUUCGAACAGCGCGCCUUCCCGCACUACUUCAGCAAGGGCAUCCCCAACAUGCUGCGCCGCACUCGGGCGCGCAUCCUUCGCGUCGCGCCACCAUUCGUAGUGUUUUAUCUUGUCUACACAUGGGGAACACAGGAGUUUGAGAAAUCCAAGAGGAAGAAUCCAACUGCCUAUGAAAAUGACAAAUGAGCAACUCAUCUGGAUAAUAGUUCCUUGUCUCUGAAAGACCCUUCUCUGGGAGACGAGUCUACAUUGUAGUGUCUUGAAGACACAAUAAACUUAUUACAGGCUG